AAAGGGCAGGCUUGGUCCUGUCAUUUCUUCAGUGCAGAACAGGCCUUCACCGCUUACCAGUGUGGAGUGUCUGGGUGUUGCAGGGAGAGUGGUAUUGCCCUCAAAAGCCUGUUGUUGACUUUCAGUAAAAAGGGGACGAUGACAGUAUCUUCCUCAGGGUUGUCAUGGGGAUUAAUGUACGUAAAGUGCUGAAUAGAGGAGCUGGACUCAAUAGGUGGUUGUCUUCUCUUACAGUUUCUUCCUGUUGCUGCUGCUUGUACUUCUUAUAUGCUUAUAUAUAUUCAGAUUCCCUUUCUCUCUCUCUCCUUUCCCCUCCCACUCCCCCCACUCUGACAAAGCCACCACCAUUUUGUAAGGGACUGUAGAUUCUCUUGAACGUGGGAGAAGCAAAAUGGAUGGAUAGGAAAGUAAAAGGGUUUUUUAGAUUGCCCAUCACACAACCAAGGUGGUCACCUUAGUUCAGGUGGGGAGGUAAAGUCAGUGAGAGGAACAGCUUAAUUAACGUAGGGAUGCUCCUCCCGUCUUACUCCAUCCCAAGCGCUAAAGAAGGUCACUUUCUCUUUAAAUGCAAAUUGCCUCCUGCCAGCUCAGCCUCCAUCCGUUCUGUUCCCUAGGAGAGUGCUGAGGGCGGAGGGAACCCUCACAGAAGCAUCUCUCCAGACCCCAAACCUCCAGGGUCGCCUUACCCUCCCAGGGCCUGAGGUUCAGCCAGCACCCAAUGGAGGACAAGAAGAAGAAAAGGAGUCCCAAGCCCUGCCUGACCCAGCCAGCCCAGGCCCCAGGCUCACUACGCAGGGUCCCUGUGCCCACCAGCCACAGUGGCUCCUUGGCCCUGGGACUCCCUCAUCUGCCAUCCCCCAAGCAGCGGACCAAGUUCAAGAGGGUAGGCAAGGAGAAAUGCCGCCCAGUUCUGGCCGGAGGUGGGGGUGGCUCUGCAGGCACCCCCCUGCAGCACUCCUUCCUGACCGAGGUGACCGAUGUCUAUGAGAUGGAGGGGGGACUGCUGAACCUGCUCAAUGAUUUCCACUCAGGCCGGCUGCAGGCCUUCGGGAAGGAAUGCUCCUUCGAGCAGUUGGAGCACGUGCGGGAGAUGCAGGAGAAGCUGGCCCGGCUGCACUUCAGCCUGGACGUGUGUGGGGAGGAGGAGGAGGAGGAGGAGGAAGAGGAUGGGGUCACUGAGGGGCUGCCUGAGGAGCAGAAGAAGACGAUGGCUGACCGCAACCUGGACCAGCUGCUUAGCAAUCUGGAAGAUCUUAGUAAUUCCAUACAGAAGUUGCACCUGGCCGAGAACGCCGAGCCUGAGGAGCAGUCAGCUGCGUAGAUGUCGGACCCAGGCCCAGAUUGCCCCCUUUCAUUCCCUUCAAACUGUGACUUUUUACAGACUCGACUGGGUAUACCGCGGCC